GGGCAGGACUGACUAAACACACAUCUUUAUAAAAUUGCCUGCGACAUCCUGUCUCGAGCAGCACGUACUCAAUUUAAACAUCGAAGUGUGACGUUCAUACGCGUUUUACUUUUUCGUUAAUUUUCGGGAGUUUUUAUUUUCUGGACAAUCAACCGGUGUCCUCAGCAUUGAAAAUGGAUGAUAUCCAGAUUGAGUCGAAGCCUUUGAUUGUAGAAAAGGAUUUGCAAGGGCUAAGGGAGGCAGUCAAGAAGCUGGAGAUAAAGGAACAUGAUGUGGAGACUCCAUAUGGCAGAAUCCACUGUACCAUGAGAGGAGUACCUAAGGGGGACCGGCCUGUCAUCCUCACCUAUCAUGAUAUUGGGCUGAACCACAAAACUUGCUUUGACUCCUUAUUCAAUCAUGAGGAUAUGGCAGAGAUCAUGGAGCACUUUGCUGUGUGCCACGUAGAUGCACCAGGGCAGCAGGACGGCGCGAACACCUUCUCUACGGGGUACGAGUACCCUUCCAUGGAUCAGCUGUCUGAGACUCUUUCAUCAAUCCUUAAACAUUUUGGACUGAAGAGUGUGAUCGGUCUGGCUGUGGGAGCAGGCGCUUAUAUCCUCACCAAGUUUGCUUUGGACAAUCCAGACAUGGUGGAGGGCCUUGUUCUGAUAAACAUCAACCCUUGUGCUGAAGGCUGGAUGGAUUGGGCCGCACACAAAAUCUCUGGUUGGACUCAUGCCAUGCCAGACAUGAUCAUCUCUCAUUUGUUUGGAAAGGAAGAAAUCCAGCAGAACCAUGACCUUAUUAACAGAUACCGUCACCACAUUGUAAAUGAGAUGAACCAGUUCAACCUGCAGCUUUUCAUCAAGUCCUACAGCAGCCGACGAGACCUAGAAAUCGAGAGGCCUGUGCCUGGUGGCCACGUUAAUGCCAGAACUCUAAAGUCUCCUGCACUGCUUGUAGUUGGAGACAGUUCUCCUGCAGUUGAUGCAGUGGUUGAGUGCAACACUAAAAUGGACCCAACAAAAACCACACUGCUUAAGAUGGCAGACUGUGGAGGCUUGCCCCAGGUCGACCAGCCUGCAAAGCUCACCGAGGCCUUCAAGUACUUCAUCCAGGGCAUGGGUUACAUGCCUGCCGCCAGCAUGACCCGCCUAGUCCGUUCGCGCACGGCAUCCGGGUCGAGCGUCACCUCGUUCGAAGGCAGCCGCAGCAGGUCGCACACCAACGAAGGCAACCGCAGUCGCUCCCACACCAACGAGGGCCGCAGUCGAGGCCACACUUCCGACAACCAACGCGGACGCUCACACACCGACACCAUGGACAGUUCUGUGGACCAGGGCCCAAAGUCCACCGAAGUGUCCUGUUAGACCAGUGACCAUGUUUCUGGUCUGUUAUCACACAUGCAUUAACUACUCUGUUCUGACUGUGCUGCGCUGCCACUAACUAGACACGCGACAGGAAUGCAAGAUAUCGGCUCGAGGCGUUUCCCUCAGAGCCCUAAACUCAGUUUUUAUUAAUCAGAGAGCAUUUUUGCCAAAGUGUCUUGUUUUUAGGAUUGCAUUUCCUGGGGAAACACCGAUGAACGAGCAGGUAGAAUGGAAGAAGGACAGAAUAAUGAAUUAUUUCUUUUUUUUUCGUUUCGCACCCUACGUAACAGCUGUUUUGGUGUUGUUAGAGGCAAUGCAGCACAGAGACAUUGUGAUGGGCGACAUCAAAAUAAGCUGGGCACUGGAAAAGGGCACACGUUUGUAAAUUAAAGCUGAUCUGUAGUCAACAGUUUAUUUUCUUUAUAACACUCUCAUUUAUUUGACUGUAGUUUCACUCAUUAAAUGAUUGUGAAUGGCUCCUAAUAAUAUUGAACUUUUAUCAUGCAUAAUUCAUUUUCUGUAUAUUUUGAAAUGGACCUCGAUGAGAGAAGGUGUGUUUUUAUGAUGCUACGCUACCUAAACUAUGGUAUUGUAGCUCAUAAGAUGUUAAUUUGCAUCGUCCUAUUUGAGGGUGUCCAGGGUUAUAUAUUUGUAAUUUAGUGAUUGAUGCUCUUUAAAAGUGAUUUUGUUUCCUUUUAUUUGUGAUUUUUAUGAAACCAAAAGUAAACAAAAAAAUUGUGAAAAUGAAUCGUAUUAGUUUAAAUUCGAGAAAAUCUGUAGACAAGGAUAUUAGAAUGCAAUGGCAGUGCAGGACAGAUUUUUUUGUUGUGUUUUGUUUAUAACAACAAUGAUUUCUAUGCAAUCAAGCACAACAGAACAAAUGUGCCAUGGAUUCCUACUUGGACUCAAUGCUUUUUCCUCAAGGCUUUGAAAGAAUAAAGCAAAGGAUUGUUGGGAUAGAGAAAGUCAAUUUAAAUAACUCGCAUGCUCUUCCACGCACACUAAAACAAAUGCUUACAUGCUCUGUAAGUUUUGCUUUGUAAAAAUGUGUACAACAAACCAAAUGCACUGCAUUUUUAAACGAAUAACAGUUUGUAUUUAUUUUAAAAAGGGGAAAUUAAAAGCUGGUUACUCUA